CAGAACGGUUUCGGAUGCUGCGGCAGUCGCACCUGUCGGCCCCGCACUACUACGCAACCUCACCACGCGCACGCUUACAUCGCAAACUAAUAUGCAGUAGCGUCCCAGUGAAAUGAUUAGUGAGUGUUUCGUGAUAGUGACUGCAACCACUUGAGAGCUACUGCGUCUACGCAUCUCAGGAUUAACCCUAGGCCGGGCGAUGUUAAGUGUGGUCGCGGCGGUGCUUGCGUGCCUUUGGCUGGCACGCGCCUCGCCGGCUGAGACGCAGGGACUCCACAACAACGCACUAAAUACGUACAAUUCUAAGGAUUUGUCACUAAUAUUAGCAAGUAUAGACGAGCGUCUACAUAUGUUAGACACAAUAGCCACAGUGCAAAUGAAGCAAGCACGGCGUUUGGACGUAAUACAGGAUAAACUAGAUCGGUUGGAAACAACACUGUCUUUGAAACUUGAAAGGGCUCAGCUGGCUGCAGAACGACUAGAACAUAGACUUCAUAUGCUUCAAACCGGCAUACAGACUUCAAUCAAAGAAAGCAGCGAAAAAUUAGAAAAGAGUCAGGUGAAAAUAACCGAAGUAGCACAAAACUUAACGAACCAAAUUAACUCCCACACUCAUUUAUUAGAAAAGGUGAGUGGUGCUUAUGCGGACACGUGGCGUCGUGGCCUUCUGAUAGAGUCCUUGGUUCGAGACGGAAUGUCACUGGUGAACGUGACGCGCCGGGAGCUCGCUGACGGACUGCGGGCACUCGCGAGGCGACAGCGCGAGUCACGUCUUACGUCAUUAGAUUUAGAAGCUACGUUUUCGAGGCGUCUUCAAGACAACACGAACAAAAUCGAUUUAAAAAUGCAAGAAGUUUUAGAUGCGCAAAAACAUUUCGUUGAUUCUUGUCAAAGAGUUCAACUUGAUGAUCCAACGCAUGUAGCUGAGGUGUUGGACAAACUGAUCGACUCUCUCAUUAAUAAAACUGCAUCUACAUUUCAAGAACUACAAAGCAUUCAAGUUACAAUGAGAAAUCACGAUAAUAAAAUUAUGAAAAUGUUGAGCAAUCGCCCAGUUCAGACUGAUGUCUCAUGCAAACGUCUCGAAAAUUUAUUCCGAAACGCAUCAAACUCAGCUUUUAACGAAAAAGAAUCACAACAAUUGACGGAAAAGUUUAUCGGGUUGACAAACCGAGCUGACGCCGCUCUGCAGAAGCUAGAAGCUCGUUUGAGUGACGAAUCGGACGAGCCUGCCCCAGAUUUCGAGGUGACUGCCGCCGCUGAUCGACUGUUUCAACAACUUAAAGGAAUCAAAAAUGAACAAAGUUCAGAAGAUGACGACUGGGAAGACCCAGAUUCUAGUUUCUUUGACAACAACAUGAGUGAUGUUACUGAAGAAGAUAAAAGUAUUUUAAGCCAAAAUUCGAAUAAAUCCAAACAAAAGGCAGACAGUACUCCCACCAAGCCCCACCGAAGACAUCUACACAAACAUCCGUAUGACCGCGGUCCAGCAUAAUACAAGAUAACUACUAAAAUAUUUUACUUUAAGAUUAUAAUAAACAUGCGAAUAAAUGUU